AUUUUCUACAACACGGCGAAAAAAAGGAGAAGAGGGAGGAACGACAAGACGGGAGCGAAGAAGAGGAGCACACGAGGCAAAGCACACAGCAAGGACGACAGGAGGUGGGCUGCUGGACACCGGGCACUGGACACUGGACACUGGCGCAGUGGGGGUGCUGGCGAAGAAUAACCAACCGGCUUGCUUCUUGGCAGUGAGGGAGAGGUGGACGACCCACGAGACGGCAACCUCUGUAAUCUUCCUGCAAACAGGAGAGAGCGCACAGACGAACGGCAACACCAGUAACACCACACACAUACACAAUGGCUGCUGUCAAGGCCGGCGCAUUCACAGACUGCACAGAGAAGCAGCAAGAGCGUCACGACAAAUGGGUCAAUCAUCUGGUGGACAAAGACCCCUUUGUCAAGUUCAUGCUGGAUAACUUGAAGAAGAUCGGCUGUCCCGUCGAUGUGAAGAAGUUCUUUGUUUGCCAACAGUGCCCUGUCAGUGGGGCAUUUGAUGCAGAUCGCAACGAGAUUGUACUGUGUGCAGAUAAGCUGUACUCGCGGGACAAUGCGGGAACCAUCAUGACACAUGAGCUCAUCCACGCCUACGACAACUGCCGCGCAAAGCUCGACUUUAGAAACCCAAUCCAUCUCGCGUGCACAGAGGUGCGUGCGGCAAACCUGAGUGGGGACUGCUUCUUCAAGAACGAGCUGAACCGGGGCAACUUUGCUGUAGCAAAGCAGCAUCAGGUGUGCGUGAAGCGCCGUGCGUCCCUCUCCCUGCAGGCCGUGUUCGACAUACCCGCAGCACAGGCAAAUAAGCAUGUUGAUCAAGUUUACGACCAGUGCUUCAAGGACACAGCUCCGUUUGAGUACAUUCCCUGACGUGCGCCGUUAGAGGGGGGGGGGAUGAGGAAGAGUGACGAGAAAGAGUGGCUGCCCAUACUGUGUCACGACCGUGUCGCGUAGCGGGCGGCGUCGUGUGUGCACGUGCACGUGUACAUGCACGUGUGGUUUCAUUUCGUGGCCUGUACUCGUGUGCUGCGUGGCGCCUGUGCCGUAUGGCGUUGGCUGUUGACCAUGCACACAUGUUUUGGUCUCCCGUUUGCUCGCUUGUUCGCUCGUUCGCUCGCUCGUUUGUUCGCUUGUUUCUUGCUUUGUAAUUGCUACAAUAUAUUGCCGAUCCAUCAUGGUUGAGAACCAAUG